AUGCGUUUGUUUGUUCUAAUAAUUUUGGCCUACUCUCAAAACGCUAUUGCUGAUAAAAAUCUAGCUCUCUUAAAGAACUCUACUGGAGAUUCAGUGUACAUAAACAACAACGUUUGUUUCAACGCUCGCGGGGCCACGGACGGCCGACUAAGCAACGACAGCCACAACUGCGGAUGUUUUUUAGGCGGUGGACUGUCUGAAGUGGCGUGGCUGAUGGUGGACCUGGAGGCACCAUACUUCAUAGACAGAAUGACUCUUAUUACAGAUGCAUAUUCUUUCGGCUACAUGUCUCAUUUCAUAGCCGGAGGCUCAAAUGCUGGCAACACCCCUCAGAGAGGAACCUACUACAUUUGCAACCAGUACGAAUUCUUUAUUACUAUCUCAGAUGCAUACACUGUGAAAUGUAAUGCUAACAUACCCGCCCUGAGGUACAUUAUAAUUCAACAGAGAAUAAAUGCCGGGGCGUCUUUAAACGUUUGUGAGCUGCUUGUCUAUGAAGCUAGAAGUAAAGACAGUAAACUAUGGAACAGAUUGGUAGACCGCAGACUGAUCCAGACGGCUCUGUUAUCUUUUGAGAAAAAAUCUGUAAAGAGUUGUUUGGCACAGUGCAGCCAACUGAAAUGCGAUUCGGUGAAUUACAACCCAAAGUCAGGCUCAUGUGAGGUAUUUGUACAUCCGUUUGGAUAUUUCAAUGGGAGCGUUCCUACUAAGAUAGUCUACUUUUGUGAUUUUGCUUAA